AUGAACAAGAACUGGAAUGACAGGGCAGAUAAAGAUCUGUUCUUCACCAUCUUAUCCGUCAAAAACAUUGGCGUGAUUAGCGGAGCGGAAUGGACCACCAUCGGCAAUUAUAUGCGCGGCCUCGGCUAUGGCUUUACCAAUGAAGGAUGUCGACAGCACUUUCAAGGGCUCAGGAGAGCCCAAAACAAAAAUGAAGCUGAUGGCUCUCACUCUGAUAGCGCUAGGCGCGCAGACCCAACCCUGAAUCCCAUAACGAGAAGACCAGGCCCUGGUCGAGGCCGCCCUCGCAAGUCACAAGCUUCAGAAGCAGCUCAGCCCGGCACAAACGAUGCUGAUGGUACUGCUGAUGCUGAUGCCUCUCCCACUGCUGUUCCUGUUAGCGCUCCCGUUACCAUCUCUCCUACUGCCCCUACGAUGCUUCCUGUGCCUAUGUUGCCAGGGCCUAUGGUGCCUAAUAACUCUAUGCCCGGCCAGGGACCAGAGAUGGCCUCUCAUGCCAUGCCUAUCCAACAGAACCAACAUCCGCAACUUCAGUCUCAACACCCCCAUCAACACCAGUUUCAGCAUCAGCAUUUUCAGCAAUUACAACAUCAGUCUCAGAUUCCACCCCAGCUCAAAGAGGAGAUGCUCAAAGCGGAGAUGUCUGAAGGCGCUGACUCGGCAACUUCUCAAGACCAACUUCAGCUAGAUACCGUACAGAGUGGCGAUGAAGACCCAGAUGAACAUCCUGCCAAGCGCCAGAGACUGGAUCCUCAUGACCUAACCCAAGAUUCAGCUCUCGACGACGAGGCCGUUUUAGCUUUGGCUGCGCAUAAC